AUGCACGAUGGACCAACGCCGGCAUCGAGCGAUGAUGCAUUCUGGUGCGCAGCUUCCCGUACAACGAGCAGCAGCUUCCCGCGACGCUCGCCCUCGCUCGCCCGUCUGCUCAUCCGCAUUGUUUCCCGCCAGCUCGCCGUCAUCCAGCGCCACUUCGUCUGGUUCCAAGACAUGCCCCACACCAGCGCCCUCUUCCACCUCAACACUUUCCCCCUCCUCGCCCUUCAGCCUACGCUCACUGGCACCAAGCCGGUCCUACCAGAUACCCGCAAACACCGCCCCCACCCUUCCGCCUCCCCGCCUUCCUCUCCGUUGUAA